CUCAAAGCUCACGCGUCUGCAGACCUUAUUUAAAGGCUAGGGGGGGGGAUCCAAGAGUCUAGACAGAGACAGCCAUGAUUCCCCCUUUCGAUGUGUGCAUCCCACCCUCCGACUCAAUCGUAACGGUCAAAGCCAUAAAUGUUGGUACCGACGCGACGCUCUCUCCUGCUUCAUUUUUCUUGCAACCUGUCCUCGAUGGCUUCGAAGGCGCCUAUGGGCCCAUAUACGCCUUCUUGAUUGAACACCCUGUCAAGGGAAGAGUAAUGUUCGAUCUGGGGAUUCGCAAAGACCAGAACAACCUCUCUCCAGCUGUGCAGGGGCUGCUGGAGAUCUGGAAAAAGAUGGGGCCGUAUUCCUUGGUCGUAGACGGCGAUGUCGCUGGGAGACUAACCGCUGGUGGUGUUGACCUAGAGAGCAUUAAAGCCGUAAUCUGGAGCCACUCCCAUUUAGAUCACACCGGCGAUAUGGCGACAUUCCCUCCAACGACGGAACUUCUUGUCGGUCAAGGGACUGAUUUACGAACAUAUCCCGAAUUCCCCGACGCGACCCUCGUGGAAAGCGAUCUUGCAGACCGCAAAGUUACAGUGCUUUCCUUUGAAGAUAGCACCCUUCGCAUUGCCGACCUAUCUGCUGUGGACUAUUUUGGUGACGGUAGCUUCUAUCUUCUAGAUACACCGGGGCACCAUCCCGGCCACAUAUCCGGCCUUGCACGCGUAACUUCUACAACAUUCAUCCUCCUUGGAGGCGACUGCUGCCAUCAUCCGGGUCAGCUCAGGCCGACGGCCACCCUUCAUGCACGUUGCCCUUGUCCAGGACAUGUCAUUGACUCUGCCAAGUCUUCCGUUUGCCCAAAGCAGUUCUCGUCCUCCUCGGAUGCGCAGUUUGAUCUGUUAUCCCGCAACAGUCCCAUGCUAGGUAUACCCUCGGGAUUGACAGUCUAUGCUGACCCCGAGACAGCUACUACCACAAUAGAGAAGCUGCUCAAGCUGGAUGCACAUCCCGAUAUUUUAUUCCUCAUUGCUCAUGAUAGUUCCGUUCCUGGGAAGAUAGACGAAUUCCCCAAGAGUCUGAAUGACUGGAAGGAUAAGGGAUGGAAGCAGGAGUUGACAUGGGCAUUCCUAGAGGAAAAAAGUCGCGCAUUUAGAUUCGGUACCGUGAAGGCUUGAAUAUUCAAGUGUUUUGUUUCACUAUUUGAUAUCUGGUUUCCGUAAUGCUGGUGAUACAGAGAUAAUUGUACAAGCAUG